AGAUUGCAGUUAUAGAAGAUAGACACCCAGGAGAUUUUGCCUUUCGCCAUGGCUCAGUUUGGAGGACAGAAGAAUCCCCCUUGGGCUACUCAGUUUACAGCUACUGCAGUAUCUCAGCCAGCUGCUCUUGGUGUACAGCAGCCAUCCCUGCUUGGAGCCUCUCCUACAAUAUACACCCAGCAGACGGCAUUGGCAGCAGCAGGCCUAACUACACAAACACCAACGAACUAUCAGCUAACUCAGACAGCUGCUUUACAGCAGCAAGCUGCAGCUGCAGCAGCUGCAUUACAGCAGCAAUAUUCACAACCUCAGCAGACUCUCUAUAGUGUACAGCAACAGUUGCAGCAACCUCAGCAGACCCUUUUAACUCAGCCAGCUGUUGCGCUACCUACCAGUCUCAGCCUGUCUACUCCUCAACCGGCAGCCCAGAUAACUGUUUCUUAUCCAGCACCUCGGUCGAGUCAACAGCAAACCCAACCACAAAAGCAGCGUGUCUUCACCGGGGUAGUUACUAAACUACAUGAUACAUUUGGUUUUGUGGAUGAAGAUGUAUUUUUUCAACUUAGUGCUGUUAAAGGAAAGACACCUCAGGUGGGUGACAGAGUUUUGGUAGAAGCUACUUACAAUCCUAAUAUGCCAUUCAAAUGGAAUGCACAAAGGAUCCAGACACUUCCAAAUCAGAACCAGACGCAAGCUCAGCCAUUACUGAAGACACCUCCGGCAGUUCUUCAGCCCAUUGCACAGCAGACUGCAUUCAGUGUUCAGGCACAGCCGCAGCCACAGUCCUUGUUGCAGGCACAGAUAUCAGCAGCUUCAAUCACACCUUUGCUUCAGACACAGCCUCAGCCAUUACUGCAGCAGCCACAGCAGAAAGGUGGUUUGUUACAGCCCCCUGUUCGUCUAGUUUCACAGCCUCAACCGGCUCGAAGAUUAGACCCACCAUCCAGAUUUUCUGGGAGGAAUGACAGAGGAGGAGACCCUAUGCCAAACCGAAAAGAUGACAGGAGUCGUGAAAGAGAACGAGAGAGACGUAGGUCCCGGGAAAGAUCGCCCCAGAGAAAACGCUCCAGAGAGAGAUCACCUAGACGAGAGAGGGAGAGGUCACCUCGAAGACCGCGACGUGUUGUUCCUCGUUACACGGUGCAGUUUUCCAAGUUUUCAUUGGACUGCCGUAGCUGUGAUAUGAUGGAGCUGAGAAGGCGUUACCAGAACUUUUUUAUCCCAAGCGAUUUCUUUGAUGCUCAGUUUACAUGGGUGGAUGCUUUUCCUAUGUCUAGACCAUUUCAGCUGGGAAACUACUGUAAUUUCUACGUAAUGCAUAGAGAAGUAGAUCCUAUAGAUAAAAAUGCUGCUGUCCUUGAUCCACCCGAUGCUGAUCAUCUAUACAGUGCAAAGGUGAUGUUGAUGGCUAGUCCUAGUAUGGAAGAUCUCUAUCACAAGUCAUGUGCUCUGGCUGAAGAUCCCCAAGAACUUCGUGAUGGAUUUCAGCAUCCUGCUAGACUUGUAAAGUUUUUAGUGGGUAUGAAAGGCAAAGAUGAAGCUAUGGCUAUUGGAGGACACUGGUCCCCAUCACUGGAUGGACCUGAUCCAGAAAAGGACCCUUCCGUGCUGAUAAAGACGGCUAUUCGUUGUUGCAAGGCUCUUACAGGGAUUGACUUAAGUGUGUGCACACAAUGGUACCGUUUUGCAGAGAUUCGCUACCAUCGCCCUGAGGAGACCCACAAGGGGCGUACAGUUCCAGCUCAUGUGGAGACAGUGGUUUUAUUUUUCCCGGAUGUUUGGCAUUGCCUUCCCACCCGCUCAGAGUGGGAAACCCUCUCCCGAGGAUACAAGCAGCAGCUGGUCGAGAAGCUUCAGGGUGAACGCAAGGAGGCUGAUGGAGAACAGGACGAAGAGGAGAAGGAUGAUGGGGAAGCUAAAGAGAUCUCUACACCUACGCACUGGUCUAAACUGGAUCCCAAAACAAUGAAGGUAAAUGACCUUCGCAAAGAAUUAGAAAGUCGAACCCUUAGCUCUAAAGGACUGAAAUCUCAGUUGAUAGCUCGACUGACAAAGCAGCUGAAAGUAGAGGAACAAAAAGAAGAGCAAAAGGAGCUAGAGAAGUCUGAGAAAGAAGAGGAAGAGGAGGAGGAUAGGAAAUCUGAAGAUGACAAAGAGGAAGAGGAAAGAAAACGUCAAGAAGAAAUGGAACGUCAGCGGCGGGAGAGACGAUAUAUCUUGCCUGAUGAACCAGCAAUCAUUGUACAUCCUAACUGGGCAGCAAAGAGUGGGAAGUUUGACUGUAGCAUUAUGUCUCUUAGUGUUCUUCUGGACUAUAGAUUAGAAGAUAAUAAAGAACAUUCCUUUGAGGUAUCAUUGUUUGCAGAACUCUUCAAUGAAAUGCUUCAGAGAGAUUUUGGUGUCAGAAUUUACAAAGCACUGAUUUCUCUCCCAGAGAGGGAGGACAAAAAAGACAAAAAAAGCAAAAAAGAUGAGAGAAAAGAAAAAAAAGAAGAAAAAGAUGAUGAAGCAGAUGAUCCAAAACCUAAGAGGAGAAAAUCUGGAGAUGAUAAAGACAAAAAAGAAGAUAGAGAUGAAAAGAAGAGGGAAGAUAAGAGGAAAGAUGAUUCUAAAGAUGAAGAAGAAACUGAAGAUGACAAUAACCAAGAAGAAUAUGAUCCGAUGGAGGCAGAAGAUGCUGAAGACGAAGAUGAAGACCGGGAUGAAGAGGAAAUGAACAAACGGGAGGACAGAAGAGAGGGAAAUAGGCAUUGUAAAGAGAGGUCGUCUAAAGAUAAAGAGAAAGACAAGACGCAGAUGGUAACUCUUAAUAGGGAUCUUCUGAUGGCUUUCGUUUAUUUUGAUCAAAGUCAUUGUGGAUAUCUUCUGGAGAAGGACAUGGAGGAGAUACUGUACACUCUUGGACUACACCUGUCACGUGCUCAGGUGAAGAAGCUACUUAAUAAAGUAGUGCUUAGAGAAUCUUGCUUUUACAGAAGACUAACAGAUACUUCUAAAGAUGAAGAAAAUCAAGAGGAGUCUGAAGAGCUACAGGAAGAUAUGUUAGGAAACAGAUUACUGUUACCAUCGCCUACUAUAAAGCAAGAAUCAAAAGCCAUAGAAGAAAAUGUCGGCCUCAUUGUGUACAAUGGAGCUAUGGUGGAUGUUGGAAGCCUUUUACAGAAGCUGGAGAAGAGUGAAAGAGUGCGGGCAGAGAUAGAACAAAAGCUUCAGUUACUAGAAGAAAAAACAGGUGGGAUGUUAUCCCCGCUACUACAACUGGAGAAUUCGAACAAAAGUCUAUCUACGGAGCUCAAAGAAGUGAAAAAAGACCUUGGCCAGCUGCAAGAAAAUUUGAAGAUCUCGGAUGAUAAAAAUUUGCAAUUUGAGGGUCAGCUGAAUAAGACAAUCAAAAAUUUAGCUACUGUUAUGGAUGAAAUACAGUGUGUUCUUAAACAGGAUAUUGUGAAGAAUGAAGAUAAAGAUCAGAAAUCCAAAGAAAAUGGAGCAAACGUAUGAUAAAACUGCUGCUGUUUAGAAGAAUGGUGUUACAUAAUGUAAUAUAAAUCAUGAUACCAGAAUGUAUGGGAAGUGAUGCAUGUUUGAUUUUAGUAGUAUAAAUAUCUUAGUUCCAAAAGAUGUAUAAAGUUUUAUGAAUGUGAGUGUCUGCUUCUGAAGACUGCUUGUAAUUCUUAGCAUUCAAUUUGAGACACUCCUCGAGUGAAAAUAAUUUUGCAUUGCAAAAUGCUUUAGGAUGAACUUUGUUAUAGUUUUAACCCUAAUAAAGUUCAUCAGCGUAAUGAACAGUAGCAAGUAUUUAAUUACCAAAUGUUUUUCAUUAAAGUCUAGUGAAAUGAAAUUUCAUUAUUUAUAGAAUUGCCAUUUUUAGGUUUUUAUUUUUAUUUCAGUCUAAUUAGUCUAGUCUAAUUCAAAUAUAAAUCACAAAAUAGCAUGCUGCUUAAUUUUGCAAGUAAAGAUUUUUUUUUUUAAAAAGCUUCUUGGAUUUUUUUUUUUACUUGUCACAACUUUCUUUUCCCUUCCAAAUGUAACUUUCUUCCCCAAAGCUGCUUGUAUUAAAGCCUCAUAAUAUACAGUAGUUCAGAUGAGUUAAGAAAGCAAUAGAAACCUACCAAAAUACUGGUAGGGUUGUGAGAUUUAUAUGAAAAUACAUGGGCCUGUUUUAAAUGUAUGUCAUUUGUGUUCCUUUAAUUGUUCUUAUCUUGGAUUAAUAUAUAUAUGCUCCUUUUUAAUAACAAAUGCAGUGUAUUAAAAUGUAUGGUUGGAUACCAGGCCAGUAGAUGUCAGAAUAAUGCCUUACAUGGAGAAAAAGCUACCAUUGUAAGCCGCCUUUAAUUAAAUUUGGACUUCUUUCU